AUGUCAGACCGCAACUAUGAAAUCGCGUGGAAUCUUUUGAGAGAGCGUUACGAUAACAAGCGUGUCAUCGUGCACACGCAUAUUAAAGCCAUCACGGAGCUGCCGUCUAUGAAUAAGGAAAAUGCUUGCGAAUUAAGGCAAAUUGCCGACGGCGCGUCAAAACACAUACAUGUCUUGCAGGCAUUAGGGCGUCCGAUCUACGACGAUCUACUCGUGCACGUAGUAAGCUCUAAACUCGAUUCCUUAACAUUGCGAGAAUGGCAAAAUUCUUUGACCGGGCAAAAACUUCCGACCUUCAAACAGCUUGCUAGUUUUAUUACUCAUCGUUGCCAAGCCCUCGAAGCUACCGGCAAGUCAGAUGCUAUCCAUACGAAGAACGGUAACGCGCGUUCAACAAACGAAAAGCAGCGAGCGGCGUGUGUCGCGACGGUAAAAUUCAAGUGCACUUACUGCAGCGGGGAGCAUUCUAUAUAUAGUUGCAAGAACUUUUUAGCUCUCCCUGUUCCUUGUAGAAAUUCCGAAAUUCGCAAAUUAAAGGUUUGCUAUAAUUGUUUACGUUCUACGACUCACAUCGCGAACAAGUGCCCAUCGGGCAAUUGUCGAGUCUGUAAGGCGAAACACAACACGUUAUUGCAUGAAUCGUCGACUCCCGAGAAGCUCGAUGGCGAUCAGGAAAACAAUCCAAAGCCGAGCUCAGCGACAACACCGACUGCGCUAGUGGCGCACGUGUCGCAUCUUUCGGACGGCAAGUACGUCAUGCUAUCCACGGCUGCCGUGUACGUCUACAACAAUGCGGGCGCGCGAAAACUUUGUCGUGUGUUGCUGGAUUGCGGUUCAAGGCUAACUUUGUCUCUAAAAGCUUCGUAUCUGCUCUCGGUCUAA